GGGGUAGGGCGGAGAUGCAGGAGAGCUGUGCCCGGGGCGUGUCCCGUCUCUCCCUCCAGGCUCCCUGCGCCUUUAAGGACUCCUCCUCUCCGCAAUCCCCACCGAAGGGGAGGGAGCCGUCCCUGCCGAGGCGCCUUCCGUCUCCCCAGGAGCAUGGGCUGGGCUGCCGAGCCAGAAGCAGCGGGCCACCAGUGUCCGACGCGCGCGGAGCCCGCUCUCCCUGCGCGACAGUGGCGGAGCGCGGGCCCGUCGAACUAAAGCCGUCGAGGAGCUGCCUGCAGCUAGGCGCGCCGAGCUUGGCUCCCGUCGCCGUCUUAGCCGCGAUGGCUCCUCCUUGGCCGCCCAACGGGACGUGGCUGGGGGCAGCGGGCGCGGCGCCGUCGGGCAACGGCAGCAACUGCUCCGGGGCGGCGGGCAGCCUGGGCCGGCAGGGGGCGUUGGGCGCCGCUCUCAGCCUGGCCGUGCUGGUGACGGUGGCGGGCAACCUGCUGGUGGUGGUGGCCAUCGCCAAGACGCCGCGCCUGCAGACCAUGACCAACGUGUUCAUCACGUCGCUGGCGUGCGCCGACCUCAUCAUGGGCUUGCUGGUGGUGCCCCCGGGCGCCACGCUGGUGCUGAGCGGCCGCUGGCCCUUCGGCACCACGGGCUGCGAGCUGUGGACGUCCCUAGACGUGCUGUGCGUGACGGCCAGCAUCGAGACCCUGUGCGCCAUCGCCGUGGACCGCUACCUGGCCGUGACGGCGCCGCUGCAGUACGAGGCGCUGGUGACCAAGGGCCGCGCGCGCGGCGUGGUGUGCCUGGUGUGGGCCGUGGCCGCCUUCAUCUCCUUCCUGCCCAUCAUGAACCACUGGUGGCGCGACGGCGCGGACGAGGAGGCGCUGCGCUGCUACGAGGACCCGCAGUGCUGCGACUUCGUCACCAACAUGCCCUACGCCAUCCUGUCCUCCAUCAUCUCCUUCUACGUGCCGCUGCUGGUCAUGCUCUUCGUCUACGCGAGGGUCUUCGCCGUGGCCACCCGCCAGCUGCACGCCAUCGAGAAGGACAAGGGCAGGUUCCUCCACGACGCCGCCAAGGGCUCCCGUCGCCGGAGACCCUCCCGGCUCCUGCUGGCCAUCAAGGAGCACAAGGCGCUCAAGACCUUGGGCCUCAUCAUGGGAAUCUUCACCCUCUGCUGGCUGCCCUUCUUCGUGGCCAACAUCCUCAAGGUCUUCGCCAGGACGCUCAUCCCCGACCAGCUCUUCCGCUUCUUCAACUGGCUGGGCUACGCCAACUCGGCCUUCAACCCCAUCAUCUACUGCCGCAGCCCCGACUUCAGGUGCGCCUUCAAGAAGCUCCUGUGCUGCCCCAGGAGCGCCGAUCGCCGCCUCCACGCCGUCUCCAAGGACCUGCGCCGCUGCCCCUGCGCCUUCAGCCCCCGGGCCCCGUCCGAGAAGGAGGGCGAGCCCAUCGCCAAGGGAGCCAGAGAGGACGAGGACGAGGAGGAGGAGGACGUGGGCUCCAGCAGCGCCAGCAGCCGCUCCAGCAGCCGGACUGGCGAAACGAAGCUCUUGUACCUCGCCAGCAAUGGGCACGGCUGCGCGCAGCGCCCCCUGCGGGAAGCCCAGCUUCAAGGCACGCAGAUCACUUUGUGCCCGCAGCUGGAAGAAUUUCCCACCAAAGAAGUGACAGAUUGUCCUAGAAUGUGAGAGAAGGAAGAAGCCAAAGAAAAUACAGACAGCAAUGCAAGCUUGGCUGGGAGGGGUCUGGAUCUCCUGAUCGCCAAAUAAUUAUAAUUGACUCUACAUCAGUGUUCAGAAAAGGAGGAGGAGGAAAAACUCCCUUUUUAAAAUAACCAGUUUGUUCCUUUUGUGUUCAGUUUGGGGAAUGGCUAUCAUGUAUUCCCCAGAGACAGUGAAGUUGCCGUCAUCUGAUAAGGAUACUCCAGAGGGGGGUAUUUUGGUUGAGAAAGGGCAGGAGUAGUUACUCUGGAUCCCAGAAUCGUCAGCUAUAAUUUAACUUGCUAGUUAAAUUACAAAUCCUAGAAGCAAUUCUGUCCCUUUAAUACUGUUUCUCCACCCAAGAUAUUCACUGCUGGUUUAACAUGGAACUUACACUGAGGGAAUACAAGUCCUUCAUCCAUAGUCCGGCUAUAAGUCGCUUCUAUGGGUGCUUACUUGACAUGUAUAGAUGUCUAUCUUUUUGAUGCUGACUCAGGUAUUUUGAAAUGCACACGUCAUAAUUCCCCUUUCCUCCAGCAGCCAGUCAUUGUGAAGAAGGAACAACAACACUUUAAGCAAGUCACGAUGGCUGGAUGAAGCCAUUCCUUAAUGCAGUUUCAUACUUACAACAGAGGCAGCGAAGGUGUGUCCCUUCCUGACGUUGAUGUCGUCCAACUUCCAGCAGCCAUAGCAAGCAUGGCCAAUGGUCAGGGAUGUUAGGAGUAUUUGGAGGGCUCCAGGUUCUCUGCUGCUAAUCUACCAAUAGGCAAACGUAGCAAAGGUGGGGGGUAGGGAUAUGGAUUUUGUCAUGAUUGGUUUUGACAGUGAUGGUCAAGGAUCAAACAAGGGUGAAUAUGGAAUCAUGCUUCAAGACAGCCAUCUCCAACCCAAUGCUCUCUAGAUAUUUUGGACUACAAGUCACAUCAACCCCAGUCAAUGGACAGAAAUGAUGGGAUCUGUAAAAUAAAAUAUAUGGAGGGCACCAGGUUAGGGAAGACUGCUUUAGGCACUGUUGUUCUGCAGUGAUGGCGGAGAAUUAACAGGGGUGGGCUGUCUUAUCACCACAUUUCAGGGUUUCCAGCAUUUCAGCUGGUCGUUUUGAUUUGCAGGUGCUAAUUUGCAGGUGCUAAUGUUUAUAGCAGUAUGCCGUCAAAAGCUUCCCCUGCUGAUUCUUAGGGGCUGAAACCUGUAAAGCAGGUGUAGGGAACCAGUGGUGAACUACAACUCCCAUCAGUCCUAGUCAUUGCCCAUAUUUUCUGGGGCUGAUGGGAGUUGUAGUUCAGCAACAUCGAGGCUGUUUCCCACCUGCCUGGCUAGGCAGCAACCCUGCUAUAGCUCAAUGGCAGAACACAUGCUUUACACACAGAGUGUCCCAAGGUUCUCCAAUUCAGCCAUCAGGUGACAGCUGACCUCUGCCAGAGACCCUGGAGAGGCACUGCUGGCCAGAGUAGACAGCACUGGGCUAGAUGGAUCAAUAGCCUUUGCUGAUAGUCAUUUCCAGAAAAAUUGCAUCUGUUGGAUUUCUCUCUCAUGCAGUUUCAAAAUCCCAGGGUGGGACUGAGGAAUGACAGUCUAGCUGCUGUGAAAUUUGGUGCCCUAUACUGCUGAUUGAUCCAUCUACAGUAUUUGUCUGGUCCAACUUUGACUGCAAACUUUCACCAUAUAGCUGCGACUUCCAAGGGGCCAGAUGCAAUUCAUCCAAGCCUCUUCCAAUCCAACAGAUUUGCCGUCAAGAAGCUAUCCCAUAAGGACAUAAUCUCUCUCUCUCCCUCUGUUGAGCGGCCAGUUUCAGAGGAGAACAAGGAUCCUCUUAGCAGAGCUUUGGCAAAGGCCCUUUUAGCUGUUUAGAAGAGCAGGAAAUAUUGGCACACAUAGCUUGCCAGUCAGGAGUGUGUGAAGCUGCUUCUGUUGACAUUUCCUGAUCUACACAACUGUUAGAGUCCCGUGAGUUCUGAUGUCUCAAAGCAGUUGGCGGCAUUUUAGAAUGAGCUACAAAAGCUGCAGCAGCUGCCAGUCAGUAUAAAUAAGGGACCAACAGGGCCGGCCCACCCAAGAGGCAGACUGAUGUGGCCACCAUGGGUGGUGGAAUGCCGUGGGGCAGUGCCUGCAUGGGCAAUUCCACCCAUCCCUGGAGAAGGAAGGAGAAGUGGUGGCAUCGUCCGGCAGGAUUUUGCCAGGAGCUACUGCAGCUGUGUAGGGACGCAGGUGGUGCUGUGGGUUAAACCACAGAGCCUAGGACUUGCCGAUCAGAAGGUCGGCGGUUCGAAUC